AAUACAUUAGAAAGUUCAUUAUCACUUCAUCAAAUCAUUGAUAUCUGCUUGCAAUCAGUGAUGAAGGUCAGUUUUAUUGAGAAAAAAAGGUUAUUUUGAAGAAACGGACUUGUCCAAAAACACUCAACGGACUAGCAGAUUUGUGCAAAAACACUCAAUGGAGUAGGGAGGGCCUAGCCCACAACUGUACAUUAAUUAGAAUUACGCAAAUAACAUAGAAGUGUCGAUCGAAAAGUAUUGUUAUAUGUUUGCUCUUCUUAUCAAUGAGUGGCUCAAAUUGCAAAAUGCUAUUUCCAAUGAGAUAUUCAACUGAAAUGAAAUAAACACUUAUUCAAUUUUUGGAUGCGUCUUGACAAGAGAAACAUGGCCGAUUUAAUUCGGUAGCUAAGCGGAAAAAAAUUAGUUGACAAAACAAAAUAUAUCAGAAAAUCGAUUGGUAUUUCCUGAGGACGAUAAAAAUUGGUUUUUAUUGCCUGCCCUUUUGUGUUUGCAUUCUAUUAUUUAUUUAGAUUAUUUAAUAAGUUGAAUCACUCCAGUUUCCAGGUACAGGGUCGUUGAACCACGUGCGAGAAAGGGCCUAAAAGUACUAACGUUCGUUGCCGUGUUUCGCCUUGCCAAAACAAAUGCGGGAAAGGGCAAAUUCCUACACUUUUUAUCGCAGUUUUAGCCAAUUUUGCUAAAAUACAACAAAGGGGCAAGCUGUUUUAUGAAAUAUAGAUAAUUUAUUAUCCCAGGGUUAGAGGGGGCCACAGGGGUAGAGAGUUCCCACUUACUUUUGACACACAGAGAGAAGUUCCAAUGGUUCCAGGGCGCACGCGUUCUGCAAGUAGGAGAUUUGAAAAGCAGUUCUGAGUUAAGCCGUUCCAAAAAUUUUCGAAUGCAGGAUCAAAGGAAUAAAGAGUGCAAAAGAGUGUAGCACAUAACCAGGAAAAGGUGACAGAGAGAACAAUCUAGAAAUUAGACAGAAAUUGUUUUUGAAUCAGGUCACUCCCUCUACCUUAUAAGAGCUGUUCACACACCAUCUUUAAAUUUAAGGUAGGACAAUACCUCAUAGCCAGGUCUGAAAACUACAUUUCCAAAGAUAAUUUGGAGACUGUGACCAUGUUUAUUCAGGUUAAGGAGGCCAACAGUGACCAUUUCUGCUUGAAAUUAAAAGACAACAAUAAAAGGAAAGAAGCUUUAAUAUGCACAAUAGUGUGAAUGGACAGCCGUGUCUCAGAUAACAGUAUUGUCCCGAAAACACUCUUGGAAAAGGACGAUUUCGAAUACUCAGCAUCACUUGAUGGCAUCGAUGAUAGUCUAGCCAGCUCAGCGUCGAUCGGCUCUCACGAUAAAGCUGGUGAUGAAGAUAGCAUCGAGAAUUGGGAGUUGAAAGAUGAUGGUUCCUUUGAACUUUAUCUCUCUGAUGAUUGCUCUGAAUAUGAAGAAAGUGGGCUUACAUUUCAGUUAUACUUGCAGCCAGACUCACCCACUAAUCCACAUCUUCCUGAUUAUCAAUAUUUUCAUUCCAGUGAUGAACCAAUUGAUACAGUAAGCAUCGACAAAGAUAGUGAUUUUUGUCAAUCAGAUUCGCAAAACGGUGAGAAGAAAAGUGAGCAGAGAAAUUUUGUUAGCAUUACUGGUGAAAACACGAAAGAAGAUGGUAUAAGUUCUAAGUUUGGUAAUAGUGAAGUGUACCGUGUUGUCAUAUGUCAAACUGUUUCAACACAAGCGUCUUCAACAAGUCCACUGAAAGAGCAGGAAGCAAAUUUGUUGACUGAAAGGUCAAGCGCAGUACAUUCUGAAAAUAAACCGAAGGUCCAGCUAUCAAGACAGCGUGGUGUUCCUCUUACGGUUGGUCGAAAAUCUAAGGUUGGUACAAAAAAGAAUGCUUUGAAAAGGACAGAGAUUUGUGCAAAUCAAAAUAUAGAAUCUUCUUCUAAGGUAGAUCACGCAAAGAUCUUGCAGCAGCUUGUUGAUGGAAAAGCUGGCAGAUUAAGCUCAUUUUUAGCUUCCAAAGGAAAGCCAGCUGUAAUCAAAGUUUUCAGACAUACAGCCUCUCAAACGGUGUCUCCGCUAGAUAUUCUUCCUCGUACUGGUGCUGAGAAUGCUAGCAGCAUGAAAGCUGCCGGAGAAUUUGAAAAUAUUGUUCAUGCGAACCAGGAUGAUUGUUUAGAUGAAAAGGCGAAUCCUUCUUCUUCAAAAAAGAGCACUGAUUCUGGUUCUCAAGAUGAAAGAAUUAAUUUAGAUUCUUUUAUAAAGAAACCAGAUGCUAGUUUUUUAAGCAAAGGACAAUGUUUUGAUUCUCCAUGUGCACGGCAAUAUCUCGAGUCUCUAAACAGGAAACGGGAUAUUACUUUUUCAGAGCAAGGUUCCGAUAAAAAUUCUACCUACAGCAGAGCAGGUAACGAUUCUUUGAAGAAAAACUACGAUUCUGAUUCUGCAAAUCUACAAACAAAUCCUGAUUGCGCUAACAGGAGACAGGAUCCAGGUACUGAAGGGAAAAGAUGGGAAAUCGAUUCUUCAAAUAAAAGAGAAGAUCCAUGUUCUUUAGAUAAAAGGCCAGCUGUAGAUUCAUCAAAGAAAAGAUCCGAUUUUGAUUCUUCAAAUAAUAGAGAAGACCCAUGUUCUAUGAACAAAAAGCAAGAGAAAAGACCAGAUUUGAUUUCUUCAAGUAAAAUAAAAGAUCCAUGUUCUUUGGACAAAAAAGAAGAUCCUGUUGUACCAGAUAAAAGACAAGAUUUGGAUUCUUCAAAUCAAAGAGAAGAUCCGUGUUCUUUGGACAAAAAACAAUAUCCUGAUUCAACGGAGAAAGGACCAGAUUUAGAUUCUUCAAAUCAAAGAGAAGAUCCAUGCUCUUUGGACAAAAAAGAAAAUCCUGUUGUACCAGAUAAAAGACAAGAUUUGGAUUCUUCAAAUCAAAGAGAAGAUCCGUGUUCUUUGGACAAAAAACAAUAUCCUGAUUCAACGGAGAAAAGACCAGAUUUGGAUUAUUCAAAUGCAAGCGAGGAUCCGUGUUCUUUGGGAAAAAAAGAAAAUCCUGUUGUACCAGAUAAAAGACAAGAUUUGGAUUCUUCAAAUCAAAGAGAAGAUCCGUGUUCUUUGGACAAAAAACAAUAUCCUGAUUCAACGGAGAAAAGACCAGAUUUGGAUUACUCAAAUGCAAGCGAGGAUCCGUGUUCUUUGGACAAAAAACAAUAUCCUGAUUCAUCAGAGAAAGGAUCAGAUUUGGAUUAUUCAAAUGCAAGCGAAGAACCUUGUUCCAAAGACAAAAGACCAAAUCCUGAUUCAUCAGAGAAAGGAUCAGAUUUGGAAUUUGCGAAUAAAAUUGAAGAUCCACGCUCUUUGGAUACAAAGCCAGAUUCUGGUUUAUCAGAGAAGAGACCAGUUUUCGAUUGUUCAAAUGCAAAAGAAUAUCCUUGUUCUUUGGAUAAAAAACUAGACCCUUAUUCUUUGGAUAAAAGACCAGAUCCUAAUUCACCAGAGAAAGGACCUGAUUUGAAUUCUUUAAAUCAAAGAGAAGAUCUUUCUUCAUCUGAUAACAGACCAGUUCCUGACUCUUUAGACAAAAACCCAGAUACUGAUUCUGCAGAGGACAGACCAAAUUUGGAUCCCUCAGAAAGGAAAGAAGAUCUACAAUCAUCUGAUAACAGACCAGUUCCUGAUUCUUUGGACAAAAACAAAGAUCCUGAUUCUGCAGAGGACAGACCAAAUUUGGAUCUCUCAGAAAGGAAAGAAGAUGCACAAUCAUCUGAUAACAGACCAGUUUCUGAUUCUUUGGACAAAAACCCAGAUACUGAUUCUGCAGAGGACAGACCAAAUUUGGAUCCCUCAGAGAGGAAAGAAGAUCUACAAUCAUCUGCUAACAGACCAGUUUCUGAUUCUUUGGACAAAAACCCAGAUACUGAUUCUGCAGAGGACAGACCAAAUUUGAAUCCUUCAGAAAGGAGAGAAAAUCCACAAUCAUCUGAUAACAGACCAGUUCCUGAUUCUUUGGACAAAAACCGAGAUCCUGAUUCUGCAGAGGACAGGCCAAAUUUGAAUCCUUCAGAAAGGAAAGAAGAUAUACAAUCAUCUAAUAACAGACCAGUUCCUGAUUCUUUGGACAAAAACCGAGAUCCUGAUUCUGCAGAGGACAGACCAAAUUUGGAUCCUUCAGAAAGGAAAGAAGAUCUACAAUCAUCUAAUAACAGACCAGUUUCUGAUUCUUUGGACAAAAACCCAGAUACUGAUUCUGCAGAGGACAGACCAAAUUUGAAUCCUUCAGAAAGGAGAGAAAAUCCACAAUCAUCUGAUAACAGACCAGUUCCUGAUUCUUUGGACAAAAACCGAGAUCCUGAUUCUGCAGAGGACAGACCAAAUUUGGAUCCUUCAGAAAGGAAAGAAGAUCCACAAUCAUCUAAUAACCGACCAGUUUCUGAUUCUUUGGACAAAAACCCAGAUACUGAUUCUGCAGAGGACAGACCAAAUUUGGAUCCUUCAGAAAGGAAAGAAGAUCCACAAUCAUCUAAUAACAGACCAGUUUCUGAUUCUUUGGACAAAAACCCAGAUCCUGAUUCUGCAGAGGACAGACCAAAUUUGGAUCCUUCAGAAAGGAAAGAAGAUCUACAAUCAUCUGAUAACAGACCAGUUUCUGAUUCUUUGGACAAAAACCCAGAUACUGAUUCUGCAGAGGACAGACCAAAUUUGGAUCCUUCAGAAAGGAAAGAAGAUCUACAAUCAUCUGAUAACAGACCAGUUUCUGAUUCUUUGAACAAAAACCCAGAUACUGAUUCUGCAGAGGACAGACCAAAUUUGGAUCCUUCAGAAAGGAAAGAAGAUCUACAAUCAUCUGAUAACAGACCAGUUUCUGAUUCUUUGAACAAAAACCCAGAUACUGAUUCUGCAGAGGACAGACCAAAUUUGGAUCCUUCAGAAAGGAAAGAAGAUCUACAAUCAUCUGAUAACAGACCAGUUUCUGAUUCUUUGAACAAAAACCCAGAUACUGAUUCUGCAGAGGACAGACCAAAUUUGGAUCCUUCAGAAAGGAAAGAAGAUCUACAAUCAUCUGAUAACAGACCAGUUUCUGAUUCUUUGAACAAAAACCGAGAUCCUGAUUCUGUAGAGGACAGACCUAAUUUGGAUUCUUUAAAUAAGGGAGAAAAUCUUUAUUCCUAUGAUAACAGACCAGUUCCUGAUUCUUUGGACAAAAACCCAGAUACUGAUUCUGUAGAGGACAGACCAAAUUUGGAUCCCUCAGAAAGGAAAGAAGAUCUACAAUCAUCUGCUAACAGACCAGUUUCUGAUUCUUUGGACAAAAACCCAGAUACUGAUUCUGCAGAGGACAGAUCAGACUUGAAUUCUUCAAAUGUAAGUAAAGGACCUUAUUUUUCGGACAACAGACCAGUUUGUGACAAAAAACCCGGUGCUGGUUCUUCAAAAGAAAAUCCAGGUCCUGAAUAUUUGGACAAAAAAGAUUUCGACUCUUUAAACAAAAUAACAGAUUUUGGUUCCUUGAACAAAAGACCUGAUUCCCCCGAAAAAAGACUGGAUUUUGAUUCUCCAAACAAAGAACAUGUUCCUGAUUCUCCAGAGAAAGAAGCAGAUUUUAACUCUUCAAACAAAAAUUCAAAUGAUGCAAGAAAUAAUAAACUAAUUAUUAAAAGGCUGGGUCCGAACAGUUUGGGGAAAAGAACAGAUUUAAACCCCGGUCUGGGAUCAAAGCCAUCAAUGAAUGAAUUGCAGAGAGAGGGCAAACGAUAUACUUUGAAUAAAGAAAAGGUGAAGGUUCCUGACCAUGUAAAAGAGAAAUUGAGGAAGUUAGGUCAAAUUUCGAAUAAGACUAAAGCCUCCCCUAAAAAAGAUAAAACCGUUUUGCCAAUGAUUGACCCUAGUCAUACAACGGGAAACACGAUAGGGUUUAUAAAUCAUGCUUCUCAGAUGAAUAAUCCAUAUGUCUGGUAUCCGUAUGUUUCUAUGAUGGAUGCGAACGCAUUUCUUCCAGCUUAUGGAGCACUUGAAACAGAAAUUGUGAUCCCUAUCAUGAUAGAGCCAUUUGAAAUAGAGAGAGAGAAGCCAGGUGUCGUUGGUAUGACAAGUAUAGGUACAAACACAAUGCCUGAAGCUGAAAUUGGCACCACACAUGUUUCAACAAACACUGCCAAUCGUACAACAUAUGAAGUUCAACGUAAAGGGACAUCAACCAACAAAUCAACAAUAGCCACUUUACGUGACAAUGUUACGGAUAAGGUUUCCAAGGGCCAAGAAAAGAGUGAACGGUCUUCUGUAAAUACUAAUGGAAAUCCUUUAGGCGGCUUGUCUGAAAGCCAAAGAAACAAAGCAGAUGGCUUGGCUGGUAUAGCACUAGAUGAAAACAUUGUUUCUAGCACUUUGCCUGAAACUCAUUGGUGUGAUGAAGGCCAAACAAGCAAGACUCACAGAAUAGCUAAAGAUAAGCCAAGAAUUUUGAGCUCUCUCCCUGAAGCUCAAACUUUCAAAGAAUGUCAAGCUGAUGAUCAAAGUCAAGGUGAUAAAACUGUUAUGAGCGGAGCCUCUCAAACUUGUUGCUCCAAAGUAGGCCCAGAAAACAAAACUACUCGAACGACGUCGUCUAAACAGCCUGUUUCUGACAAUAUUCCUGAAGCUAAAACCUUAGAAGAAUGCGAAAUUGACAGGACAAAUGAAUUUUUAUCAAGUGAUCAAACAAUGAUUAGUGGAACCUCUAAAACUGGCAGCUCCAGAAGUGGUUCAGAAGACAAAACAGGUAAUCUGAUGCCAGAAAAACAGACUGCUACCGACAUUAAAGCGGAUCAAAGCUGUAAAGAAAUUCCAACAGCGCAAGCCAACGGAUUGUUGGUUAGAAAUCAAAAUCUUUUAAGCAAAAGCUCAAAAAUGCAAACUUUUGAUAUUUGUGGAUCAAACCAGCAUGGCCUUUUAUCAGCUGACAAGCCAACUUUUCCCAAGAAUACGUCUGAUGGCAAUCACAUUAAAGACAGUCAAACCAGCAAAGCUGAUGGCAAUGAUGAUAUCUUAAACGGUUUCCCUGGUAGUGUGGCAGGCAGGGCUGGCAGAGGACCAACUGGUUUUCAAGUUAUAUCCAGAGAAGUGCUUGAAUCUAGUAAUUCUAACGAAGGCUCUACAGACCAAAUUGUUGGAUUAAUCCCGGAAAACCAAACUGCUUUGAGCAGUCAUGCUGGAAUGCAAAGCCGGGAGGUAUGUCAGACAGACCAUCCUUGCACGAAAACAUCAGACAGUCAGACGAAUUCAGGUAAAGAAUCUGAAAAUCCUUACGAUGAGGCUGAAACGGUCGAAAUUGUGCCAGAAACUACAACCAAUUUGGUAAAUAUGCAAGAGACUCAAAGCUGCAAACAUGUUGACCAAAAAGAUUCUUGCAUUCUAGAAUCUGGUAAUGAAAAUGUUUCAGAGACUGAAAUUUUCAUGGGUGGACAAACAGACACCGUUGUGCCAAACAAAGAAAAACGUUUUGGGGAUGUACAAGAAACUCGAAUUCUUGAAGAACUGCAAGAAGUAGGUUCUUGUGUUUUAGCAUCAAGUAAUGAAACUACUUUGGAAAAUGUUUCAGAGACUGAAAUUGUCAUGGAUGGACAAACAGACAAAACUAGUGCCGUUGUGCCAAACAAAGAAAAACGUUUUAUGGAUGUACAAGAACCUCGAGGUCUUGAAGAAUUCAAAACAAUUACUUCAUGUGUUUUAGCAUCAGGUAAUGAAACUACUUUGGAAAAUGUUCCAGAGACUGAAAUUGUCAUGGAUGGAAAAACAGACAAAACUAGCGCUGUUGUGCCAAACAAGGAAAGAAAUUUGGGGGAUAUACAAGAAACUCAAGGUGUUAAAGAAUUCCAAACAGUUCCUUCAUUUGUUUUAGCAUCGGGUAAUGAAACUACUUUGGAAAAUGUUCCAGAGACUAAAAUUUUCAUGGAUGGACAAACAAACAAAACUGGCGCUGUUGUGCCAAACAAGGAAACAAACUUGGGGGAUGUACAAGAAACAACUUUGGAAAAUGUUCCUGAAACACUGUUGUUCGAGGAAAGUAAAUCAUACAAAAAUAGUGGAGCUGCACCUGAUGAAAAUACUGUUUUGGGGGAUUUGCAUGAAACUCAAAGCCAGAACGAUUUUCAAACUGAAGAAUCUUGCAGUAUAGCAUCUGAUAAUAAAAGUAUUUUGAACAAACCUGAAACAGCACUUGCCAAGGAAGAUCAAACAGAAAAAAGUGGCAUAAUUGUUCCUGGUAAAGAAGUUAUUUUGGAGAAUUUGCAAAAAAACCAAAGCCAGAUAGAAUCUGAUAGUCAAAAUGUUUUAAAUGAUUUACCAAAGAGCCCAUUAUUGACGGAAGUUGGCGCAAGCAAAAUUGGCACAGAUGCAUCAGGUUCUCAAAGUGCUCCAAGCAAGCCAUCUGAAUCUCAAAAUUUGAAGGCUGGUCGAACAGAUAGAUCUGGCAAACUUGGUUAUCAAAUUAUCUCACGACAAAUGCUUGAAAGCCAGAACUCCCAAAAUGAUGCUAGUGACAAGAAAGAUGACAUGAAAGCAGCUAAUCAAAAUGUUCUGAGCAAGGUUUCUAAAAAGCAGUCCUGCAAGAAAGACCCACAAGACAAAACUGGUGAACUUGAAUCAAGUACGCAGACUGUUCAAGAAAAUGUUUUUGUAUCCCAAAGCUGUAAACUAGGCCCAUUGUACAAACCUUUUGCAAUCGCCACAUGUGCUCCUAAAAAGAAAGAGUCCAAGAAAGGUAAAAAGCGGAAACGUAAUGAAUUGCCACCGGGUGCUCAAACUUUUCCAUUUGACAAGCCAUGGGUAUUUGCACCAGUUGAUCCAACUAUUUCUGGCAUUGUUCCCGAAAAUCAUGCUUUGCUCUCCACAAAUGAAAGUGGUAGCUUGGCAUUUGGUAAUCAAAGAAUUUUUGUAAAGGUCGCCGAUUUGCAGCGCUUUCAUGAAGGUUUAGCCAACCUCAAUAACCGCCAACAAACAAGUAAUCAAAUUGUUUUUAGGAAGAUACCUGAGGCCCAAUGCUACUCGGAGUGUAUUACAGAAGCUGGUUCUACCAAGAAAGCUGAUGUUCUGGCCUCUGGUAAAAAAAAUUGCCCUAGACAGUUGCCUGAUUUUCAGAAAUCGAGAGAUGGUGCAAGCAGCAGAUCGGGCAGACUAGUUCCGAAUAAUCGAACUGUCUCAGGAUUGUUAGACACUCAAAGUUUCAAAGGAAACUCAAUAAGGAAUGCUUGUGAAACUGUCAGUCCUGAUCUAGCAGUUUUGUACAAGUUGCCAAGUACUCAAAGCUCUAAAGAAAUUCCAGCAGUUGAGACUGGUGUAUUGGUACCUGAUACUUGUGCUAAUUCAAUAAAGAGUACCUAUGAACAAGAACGUCCUAAUCCAACAGAUUUGUAUAGGUUUCCAAGUACUGAAAGCUCUAAGGAAGGCCUAACAGUUGAGACUAAACAACUGGUACCUGAUAAUCGUAUUAAUUCAAUAAGGAAUACCUGUGAACUAUUACUUCAUAUUCAAACGACUUUGCACAAUUCGCCGAGUAUUCAAAAAUCUAAGGAUGGCCCAACUAUUGAAACUAAAGGAUCGGUGCCUUCUAAUGGUAUAAAUUCAGUAAGGAAUACCAAUGAAUCAGAACAUCCUAUUGAAACGGUUUUGUGCAAGUCGCCGAGUACCCAAAGCUCUCCAACAGUUGAGACUAAAGGAUCGGUGCCUUCUAAUAGUAUGAAUUCAGUUGGGAAUACUUGUGAACCAGUACGUCCUAUUCAAACGGUUUUGUGCAAGCCGCCGAGUACCCAAAUCUCUAAAGAAGGUCCAACAUUUGAGACUAAAGGAUCGGUGCCUUCUAAUGGUAUAAAUUCAGUUGGGAAUACUUGUGAACCAGUACGUCCUAUUCAAACGGUUUUGUGCAAGCCGCCGAGUACCCAAAUCUCUAAAGAAGGUCCAACAUUUGAGACUAAAGGAUCGGUGCCUUCUAAUGGUAUAAAUUCAGUUGGGAAUACUUGUGAACCAGUACGUCCUAUUCAAACGGUUUUGUGCAAGCCGCCGAGUACCCAAAUCUCUAAAGAAGGUCCAACAUUUGAGACUAAAGGAUCGGUGCCUUCUAAUGGUAUAAAUUCAGUUGGGAAUACUUGUGAACCAGUACGUCCUGGUUCAAAAGUUUUGUGCACGUUGCCAAGUACACAAAACUCUAAGGAAGGCCCAACCGCCGAAUCUAAUGGAUGGGCACCUGAUAAUCGAAUUAACUCAAUAAGGAAUACUUGUGAACCAGAACGUCCUAUUCAAACGGUUUUGUGCAAGCCGCCGAGUACCCAAAUCUCUAAAGAAGGUCCAACAUUUGAGACUAAAGGAUCGGUGCCUUCUAAUGGUAUAAAUUCAGUUGGGAGUACUUGUGAACCAGUACGUCCUGGUUCAAAAGUUUUGUGCACGUUGCCAAGUACACAAAACUCUAAGGAAGGUCCAACCGCCGAAUCUAAUGGAUGGGCACCUGAUAAUCGAAUUAACUCAAUAAGGAAUGCUCGUGAACUAGAACGUCCUAGUCCAGUAGUUUUGUACAAAUUGCCAAGUGCUCAGAACUCCAAAGAAGGUCCAACAGUUGAGAAUAAUGGAUUGGUACCUGGUAAUGGACUGAUAUCUGACAAAGCUCAAAACCAGAAGGAUACUCAAUUAGACAGAACUCGUUGGUUAGCUAAUUAUAUCCACAUCUUGCCAAAGCCAGUUAUUAAAGCUCCUGAACCCUGCAAAGAUGAAAAAUCUGAAGAUGAAGAUGUAGCUGCUAAUAACCAAACGAUCUCAAAGUCACUUGCUAGUGAAGUCGCUGAGCAGUUAAUUGCACCUCCACAGGAGACAAAUAAAAAGCACCCUAUAGAUAUUUCUUUACUAGUUUCAGGGAAUGUUGAUGUCCAAGGGAUGAAUUUUGAAAAUAAUGGAAGGGUCCUUCAAGGCCAAGAGUUGAAGGAUAUUCUAGAGAAGCUGGGCUCAUUUUUUAAGGGAAAAGGGUAUGUGACAUUUAAGUCAAAAGAGAACUCGAAGACUUCUGUAAAUCCAGUUGUUGACGGAAAAGAAAAAGUAUCUACUCCUUUAACUUUGCCGAAAAUUUUGCAAGACAUAGAAGAAAAUGGAAUAACUGAGAAUCGCGCUAAAGUAGAAAGUGGUGAUUCGAAGCUGCAUCCAAGUAAAACACUUCUGAUAAAUUGUAAGGCAAGUAACGGAUGUGACAAAAAUAAAGUAGCACAGGUCUCCCAUUCACCAGAUAAUACCACCCGUGUAGUACCUUCUAAAAAACGCACCCGUGGAGUAAAUUCUGAUGACAGUGGUAUCCAUAAAAAAGUAGCUAUGAAGAGUAUUGUUUUCAAUAAUUUGAUUUACGGUUGCAGUCCCUUGCUGGUUUCUUCAUCAGCAUCUCUCGGAGCUAAUGAUUGCCAGCAACAACUGCCAAGACAUGGGCGGAAAAGAAACAGCAAACAAGCUACAAAGAUAGUUAAUUCUGGAAAAAGUAACAGAAAGAGCUCAUCAAGAAUAAGCAGUCUUGUGUGGAAGAAUAUUCGCUACAAUGGAGAACUUAUUGGAAGAAAACGGACCAUUCUUGAAUCAUGCUCUACGCUUUUUUCAUGGGAAUGUUCUCAUUUGUUCACAAGUCGCAAGCUCUUGCAUGAUCGCCAUGCUAUUGCUAAUAAGUUGCAGAAAUAUGAAGUUCGAAUGGGCAGGAUAAUGCGUCAUUAUAAGAAAUUGCGAGCAAGCUCUGUUCCUGACCAACGGGAUGAUAUCAAUGGAGAAGCAGCACCUCAGAUUCACCCUGUGAAAGAUGAUGGAGAGUCUUCGAGCAAAGAAUACAGUCUUAGGGCUACUGCAAGUGAAGUGCCAACAGCUUCUUUCAGAUCUGAUGUUGUCACUGUUAAGGCUGAUGCCAGUGCAAUUUUGCGUCAAAAAGCUAGUCGUCUGUCACAGGAUUUCUGUAUUAAGCAUAACAUCAGAUCAAGUAGUGAUGGAGGCUUUUCUGAGAAAGAUCUGAGUAGAAAAGAGAAGGACAUAUCUGAAGAAAAAAUUAAAAACAAAAUCCAGAGAGCAUCAUUGGAAACUAGCAUAGUUGCUAGUAACCCAUUAGGAUUGCCAAGAUUAAGUAGCAUACCUGUUUGUAUACCGUCGGACAAAGCAAGUGCUGCAGUUUCCAAAGUUGUCGCACAAGAAUGCAUCAGUCACAAACGAAAGUCAUAUGAUACCAACAAUAACUGUGAAUGCUCUAGAAUUAUAGAUAAUAUGGAUGGUAAUGUUUUCCAACAUUCAAUUACAAAACUGGCUCGAUCCUUGUCUAAGCAUGUGAAAAAAAGGAAAAAAUCACAGAUGGAUGGAAAGUGUUGCUCAAAAUGUGGAACGGUACUAGAAUCUCCAAAGGAGCUCACUAGACACAUGUUGUAUCAUCUAGUAGACAAGGCUGUGGACGAAAAUUUUAGUGGGAAGUCUGCAAAGCGAAUAAAAUUAAAACACAUUAAUGUGAAUGAAUCUGAACAAAAUAGUAGUGAGGUAUUUGAAUCUCCAUCGUUUCGAAGAAAAGUCCCGGAGCAGGAAGUAAACGACCCAGAACAUAAAAACAAGGACCAUAACAGUAAGAGUAACAAAAACGAAAGUUCAGUGCUUGAUGGCAAGACUAUUGAAUACCAUAACAAAGAGCAUGGCGGGAAAUAUGGCGAAUACGAUAGGAAAGAGCAAGAGAGUAAUGAUCAAGGGAACCAUGCGAAGGAGCAAGAAGACACGGAUAAAGGGAGCAUGGUGGAGCAUGAUGGGAAAGAGGAUGUAAACAAACAGAGUGAUGGGGUCAAAAGCAGAAACAGGAUAACAGAAGGUUACUGGAAAGAUUGUAAAAAGGAAAUUGAAGUGAACGAGAGGGAAGAUAGUGAAACACAAGAGCAAACCGGGAAAGAAAAUGAAACGGAUCUUGAUAAUGAUCAUUCCACGGAAAAUUCACAGUCUAAAGAAAACGUGAUGUACAAAGCACAGUUUUGGAAAAUGCAGGAAAUACCUCAGGUUGGUGAGGAUGGCUCGGCUAUACAAGACGCUGGAACAAACGAUGAGUCAGCCGAGAAGAACAGGGUCGUGUGGACACCGCUCUAUUUUGAUGUCCCGGUAAAGCCAGUCAUGUGGCAAUGCAUGAACUGUCGCAAGAAAUUUAAGGGAAUGAGUGAUCUGAAAGGACACGGGGAAAAUUGCCUUGCUGAAGAAAAAGUUCUCAAGAACGAAAGCUUCGUAUGGAAAGGUUGAGAUUUAUUCAGUAAGGACUUUUUGGACGGCAAUCUCGAGAUUUCAAGAAGUAUCACAGUUCAAUUAAUUCAGUUUGCUCGUGGUUGGUUACAUUAUGUUUUUGUAUAGAGAAAUUAUUUCUGUUUAUAUUUAUCAAAGUAAAUUUUAUAUAUCAGGCUCUGCAGCUCAUUCAAUUCACUAAGUUAGAAACUCUCUAAUAACCUUGAUUACUUUGCCCCUGUUUUAUCCCAAAACAAUUCAUUAACAAAACGAAGAGAAUAAACUAACAAGGAUCUAAAAUCACUGCCAAAAUUUCUUGGAACACUCAAUAUUUUGUUCUGUGCUUUUCUAUGUUUUAUUUGUUUUACCGUAUACUACCACAUCGGUCCCCCUUUCCCCCUAAA